AUUGCCCUAAUUUCAAACUCUCCUAAAUCCCUCUCGUCCUGCAGUUCUCAACUCUCCAACUCUCAAUUGGCUUUCAAGCUCUCAACUCUCGCCGGCUGGCUGUUGCUUUCGGCCUCUCGUGGUCACGCUCUACUCCGUCACAGUCCACUGCCCCACGCCACUAGCCUCAGUUCAGAUAAUUGCAGAGCUUAAACAAAGACAGUGGUGGUUGCCAGUAUGGCAAUUCUAGAGAAAAACCCUAAUUCCAAAAUUGAAAAUGACGAGAGUUCUAAUAGCAAAAAGAAACGAAAGAGGAACAAGAACAAGAACAAAAGUGGAGAGRAAGAGUCUGAUUUGGCAACACAGGAAGUAGCAGAAGUUAAUGGCAGUGAGAAGGAGGGGGAGGAGGUAAAGGAGGACAAGGGAACAACAGUGAAAGAGAAGAAGAGGAAGAGGAAGAAGAAAGAGAAGAAGAUUAGUGAAGAAGAUGAACCAGAGAAUGAUGAAAACAAAGACGAGGAAGAAGGUGACGAGGGUUUGAACAUGGAGGAAGAGGAGGACAAGGAGAUAAAGACGAAGAAGAAGGGGAAGCGUGGUGGUGACUCUGGGAUUAUGAGUAGUGAUUCUUUUACAUCUUUGCCGUUGUCUGAACUAACCAUGAAAGCUAUUCUAGAUAUGGGCUUUCAGUAUAUGACUCAGAUCCAAGCAAGAGCAAUUCCUCCUCUCUUGGAAGGAAAAGAUGUUCUUGGUGCUGCAAGAACUGGUUCUGGGAAAACUCUAGCCUUUCUUGUACCAGCAAUCGAGUUGUUAUUUCAUGCUCACUUUGCUCCUCGAAAUGGGACCGGUGUUGUUGUCAUUUGUCCAACAAGGGAGCUUGCAAUACAGACUCAUGCAGUCGCGAAGGACCUUCUCAAGUAUCAUUCACAGACUCUUGGGUUGGUUAUCGGUGGUGCAGCACGAAGAGGAGAAGCCGAGCGUAUUGUGAAGGGAGUAAAUUUAUUGGUAGCUACCCCUGGACGACUUCUUGACCAUCUUCAGAACACAAAAGGGUUUAUUUAUAAAAAUCUCAAGUGCUUUGUGAUUGAUGAAGCUGAUAGAAUAUUGGAAGCAAACUUUGAAGAAGAAAUGAAGCAGAUAAUUAGAAUAUUACCAAAGACAAGGCAAACUGCUCUCUUUUCCGCAACUCAGACAAAGAAGGUCGAGGAUCUUGCCCGCUUAUCAUUUCAAAAUACUCCGGUGUAUAUUGAUGUAGAUGAUGGGAGAACAAGGGUCACUAAUGAAGGACUGCAACAAGGUUAUUGCGUGGUGCCAAGUACAAAGAGAUUCUUACUUCUCUACUCUUUCUUGAAAAGGAAUCUGUCAAAGAAAGUGAUGGUUUUCUUUUCUUCAUGCAAUUCGGUUAAAUUCCACUCCGAGCUUCUCAAGUAUAUUCAAGUGGAUUGUUUUGAUAUUCAUGGGAAGCAGAAGCAGCAAAAGCGAACUUCAACAUUUUUCGACUUCUGCAAAGCAGAGAAAGGAAUCUUGUUAUGUACCGAUGUUGCUGCUCGUGGUCUUGAUAUCCCUGCCGUGGACUGGAUUGUGCAGUAUGAUCCUCCAGAUGAACCUAAGGAAUAUAUUCAUCGCGUGGGUCGAACUGCUCGUGGAGAAGGUGCAAAAGGGAAUGCUUUGCUUUUUCUUAUCCCAGAAGAGUUGCAGUUUCUUCGCUACCUCAAGGCUGCGAAAGUACCUGUUAAAGAGUACGAGUUUGAUGAAAAGAAGAUGGCAAACGUGCAGUCUCACCUGGAAAAGUUGGUUGCAAACAACUAUUACUUGAACAAAUCGGCGAAAGAUGCGUAUAGAUCCUACUUAUUGGCUUAUAACUCGCACUCCAUGAAGGACAUCUUUAAUGUUCACAGGCUCGAUAUGCAGGCGGUAGCAGCAUCAUUCUGUUUCUCGAACCCUCCAAAGCUAAACCUGAAUAUCGACAGUAAUGCCUCAAAGUUCAGGCAAAAAACACGAAAACCUGAAGGAAGAAGCCGAAAUGGAUUUAGCGAGAGCAAUCCGUAUGGCAGGAAUCGUGACGACAAUACCCAAGUUGUACGAUAUUAGCAGCAGCAGCAGCAGGUCGUUUGAUCGACCCAAUUUUGAUGCUAAUUAUUUUCGUUAGUUAGACUACACUACAAAAUGAUCGUGUACGAUUGCAUUAUUUGGGAAAGUAUCGUGUUUUUUAGGUGGUAACAUUUAUUGUUUUAUUUGUAUACGAGACGGUUUUUGUUGA